AUGGCGGAGGAUUCACAGGAUGCCCAGUUUGAGGAAUACAAACAACAGCAAAGGGAAAACUUUUCCGAAAGAAAUGGAGAAAGCGUAAUCCACGAUGAUGUGUACCAAGCCUUAGGCGAAGAUGAGACACGCGCAAAUAGUACUGUUGACGGACAUGGACUCUCCUUAUCCUGCCCUAAUGAGGGUGUUUGUAUUUGGCGUAGACUUACAACCUUGGUGUCAAAUGGUUGUUCGUUUCUCCUGAAAAAGGUCUAUUCACUGUGGGACUUUGUAUGUCUCCGUUUUGCGGAGCUAACUACUCCAGAAUCAGUGGCGCUGGUUCUCUUGAUGGCGUUUCUCAUAUCAGCUUGUUUCUUCUCAAUAUUCGCCAUGUUUUAA